AUGAUAGUAGAUAGCGCUACUGCCCUCUAUAGAACAGAUUUUACUGGGAGGGGUGAGCUCUCUGCCCGACAAAUGCACCUUGCAAAAUUCCUCAGGAGCCUUCAGAAGUUGUCAGACGAGUUUGGCGUGGCUGUUGUAAUCACAAACCAAGUAGUUUCCCAAGUGGAUGGUUCAGCAAUCUUUGCCGGACCUCAAAUCAAGCCUAUCGGUGGUAACAUCAUGACUCAUGCUUCCACAACAAGGUUUGUUCUAGAAGCCCUAAUAUCCCAUAUUGGCUCUCCGGAAGGGAAGAGGGGAAGAGGGGAAGAGCGUAUUUGUAAAGUAAUAAGUUCGCCUUGCUUGGCUGAAGCCAAAGCACGGUUUCAAAUUUCUCCAGGUGGUGUUUCUGAUGUCAAGGACUAA